GUCAACUCUAGGAGGAUGGGUCUGGGCACAGCCACGAAGAAGCAGAUGGGAUUGAGUUCUCUUCUCACCAUGUCUUCUCACAAGACUUUCAGGAUCAAGCGAUUCCUGGCCAAGAAACAAAAGCAGAAUCGUCCCAUUCCUCAGUGGAUUCGAAUGAAAACUGGCAAUAAAAUCAGGUACAACUCCAAGAGAAGACAUUGGAGAAGAACCAAGCUGGGUCUAUAAGAAGCAAGCUGGGUCUAUAAGAAGUGGUCUUAACAUGUGUGGCACACAUGUUAAGACCACUUUUUUAAGCAGCCAAAUCACAAUGAGAACAUCACUACUGUAAUGCUUGGCUCCUGAUGCUAUUUCCUCACUAUCAGUCUGAGGCUCAGUAAUAAAUAUGAAACGUUGGAACUGUUAUUGUAUUAUAUGGUUUGUGAUGACGUACUGAAUAAAUACUCCCGUCAGUUAGGACAUGGGCCUGUCCAAUGAUAGAAAUGUUCUCUAGCUACCAAGUACUUAGAAGUACAGCUAGUAAAUUAGGAACUGGCUUUUUAAAAUUUUAUUGUCUUAUUGUUCCCUAUAACUAGCAGCUCUUACUCCUACUGUUAUAGGAAGUACACGUAUGUGUCAUCCUUGUACCUGAAGGCAGCACCUUUUUAAAAUAAACCGUGGGGGGAGGGAUGCUUGCCACAAGACAUGUAGGAUCUUAGUUCCCGAACCAGGGAUUGAACCCACUUGGCUGCCAGGAAAGUCCCAUAAAAAGCAUGUUUAUAUGCUAUUCUAUGAUGUGAACCAGGGUUUGGCAAACUGGUCUCCCGCCUGCUUUUGUAUGGUCUGUGAACUAAAGUUAUGCAUUUUUAAAUGGUUGAAAAAAUCAAAUGUUUUUGACAUUUAAUAAAUUCAAGUUUACCUA